AUGAAAAUUGGAAUCCAGGCAAAAGCCUUGUUAUUAGCUUCAUUUCUCUGUUUGGUGUUUGCAUUAGAAGAUCCGUCGCUUGUGUGUCCGGACGAUAACCCCGAGAACUGCUAUCCAUUGGAAUUCGAACCCACUACAGAGUGGCAGGAGAUCAGGUCUGGACAACGCCUCCCUCCAGGGUUACACGUUAGGUUGGACAUGAGUACUGGGGUACAGCAAGCAAAGCUGGUGGACCCUUCAGAAGGUGAAGAAGGAAAAAACGAUGAUGUUAUUGCGGUGGUUGUUGAAGAAUCACCCGCUACUGAACAGCCGGCAAGGGACACUUCCUUUAAGGAAAACGCCCGGAUACCCAAUCACGAGCGGGAUGAGUUUUCCGUGGCAAUGGAGACAGUCUCAGAGGCUGUGUCAGGAAAGGAGGUGGGUGAAUCUGUUCUGAUUGAAAAUCUGGAGGCUCUGAGUCAUCUGGCGCACGAGUAUGACUUUGGUGUUAAACUGUCUAGAGAUAUGGAACCAUUAUUGAAGUUGACUGGAUUGACAUCAGGAAACAGCGAUUGGGAUGUCUUUCAGGUCAGAGAACCUGCUUUGAGGGUGAUUGCGGCUUCCUUGCGGAACAAUGGGGUUGCUCAAGCCACACUGCUAGGAGACACUGUAUCAACGAAGAACACUGCUUUGGUCCAGAAACUUUUACAGACUAUCACGACCGAAAAAGAUGCAAUUCUCCAAAAACGUCUUUUGGGAGUUCUGAGUGCAAUUCUGCAGGAUCAAGUUGGAGUCCAGGUUUUUAAUGAGAUUUCUGGCACAGACCAACUACUGUCUACAUAUCCGCUAAUAGCCCUUCAUGCACAACCACGAGUUGUUCAAAUCCUGGAAGAUUUAGAAGCCGAUGGCGAGAAAGCCGAGGAUCACGAGAAAAGAGAAUAUCCUGAAGACGAUUUUGUUCCGAGGUUGCUUCAGAAACGUCUCUUACAAACGAAAGCUGACGAUGCUACUGGAAAAUCUCUCCUGGAAGCGUUGGUAUUACUCAAAAAUAAAAACACCGGAUUGAAGGCUUCUUCUGAGUUGUUGAACUGGCUUAGCAGUGAAGCCAAAAGAGUUGCCAAUAAGGACUACUCUGCCCGCUUGGUUGAGAUCAGACACAGAGUGUUUGGCAAUCCGAUGGGUAUGAGAAAAGCAUUUGCAGAUGAGUUGUGA